AUGGUUGUCUCUACAUCCAAGCUCUUUUUGCUCGCUUUAUUUUCGGUGGCUGGAACUGCCAACGGUAAGCUGAUCUUUAAUCUCUCGAAAUUGAGGUGUCAUUAGUAAUAUUGCUGUCAACAAUUUAUGUCACUUAAUUGAGCCAUGUCUGCAACGAAAAACGUAACAUGGAAUUAAACUGGGGAGGAGGGGUUCGAACCGCUUUUCGUGCAAAAUUUCUCUUCAAAACAUAAGUAAAUCAGUGCCUUCCUUUCGCGUGGUUUAAGCUUAUUUAAGCUUAAAAUGUAGGGAAGUUUUGAUUUAUUCUGUUCUUAGGGCGACGAGAGAGACCUGAUAGAACUUUAACUAAGGCGCAAAGUUUCUUUAUUUAUUCAUUCGAUAAUCUGUUUUAUAACUGCGCCCCAAUAGUGCCAAAAGUGGGCUAGUUGCGUAAACGAAGACCUAAGACCCCCUACGAAAACGAAGACCCAUUACGAAAACGAAGACUCCCCUACGAAAACGAAGACAAAUUACGAAAACGAAGACCCCACACGAAAACGACAAAGGACAAAGAUUAUGUUCAUGAGACACACUACGAAAACAAAGAUCCUUACGGAAAUCUUGAAUUCUGAAUUUGACACGUCUGUAAUUUAUUACGGAAUAUUUCAACAGUAGAGCCCCAUGGAGCCUUCAAUGGGACGACUUAAAAAAAAAUCUUGCAUUCUGAAUUUGGCGCGUCUGUAAUUUAUUAUAGGAGAAUAUAUCGAAUAAGUAUAUUCUAUCAACUAAAAUAGGAUAACUGUAUUGAUCUGAUUUUAAUUGCAUUUCCUUAGCUCUUUUUUUUUUUAACGUAAAGCAAAUGUAUUAAGCGAAUCAAAUAAUGUGAUGACAUUUUUACCAGCAGCAAAACACACAGGACAAAGCUUGCAUGAUAGGCUUAUUAUUUAAUGUUUCCGGAAACUCGUUUGAGUGACAUUUCAUGAGUAAUCCUGUUGAUAAUUAAGUACCUAUGAGAAGCUUUGAAGUGCCGUCUUCAAAUUUACGGUGCACGUGGUUUCUUCCACUUGGUGUGCGUGGCUCAAAUAACGGCCCAAAAGCUUCCCGUUUUUGUGUGAAGGCAGCUCACUGAUGGAUCAAUUUGCAAUGGAAUACUGCAGUUUAAGUGGGAGUAGCUUAAGGCUUUGAUUAAGGCAUUGAUCUGUAAUCUUUUAUCCGCAAGAAAAGUUUUAUUGGAAUCAAUCAGUCGAAUUCACCUUUUGGGCUUUAGAUUUGAUUUAAACAAACCCCGAAAGUUCGGACAAUGAGUCCAGCUCGCAGCACGUGUCCAAACUUCGGCUUUGGCAUGUUUUAUUAGGCAAACGACAGUACAUUCUUCCUCGCCGGAAGUUUAAUUACCGCCAGUCGAUGUUAUUGUUAUUAAUAAACUUAGAUCUUGUUGCUUCAUUAUACACCACCAUAUGCGUGUAAGGUCUCUUGUUGAACAAGUAACGUUUAUAUUGAAGUAAUAGCAAGGUUUUGUUAUAGUUGCCAAGAGCUUUUCCGGUCCCUAAACUUAUAAAUCGCAAGGAGGAGUAGCGUAACGCUUUGAUUAAGGUAUUGAUUUGUAACUUUUUACCCGCAAGAAAAGUAUUACUGAAAUCAAUCGGUCGAAUUGCCAUGUUUUAUUCAAACAACAGUGUAUUUUUCCUCGCCCGAAGUGUAAUUACCGCUAGUCGAUGUUAUUUUCAUUAAUAAACUUAUAUCUUGUUGCCUCAUUUUAUACCACGAUAUGCAUGUCAUGUCGCUUCUCUCGUUUUAGCUUUAAAGUAGUCCCAUUGAAGGCUCCAUGGGGUUCUACUGUUGAAAUAUGCCGUAAUAAAUUACAGACGUGUCAAAUUCAGAAUUCAAGAUUUCCGUAAGGACCUUCGUUUUCGUAGUGUGUCUCAUGAACAUAAUCUUUGUCCACAAAGGUAAUACCAACCUCUUUUGAACUUGUUUUAGAAAUGUGUCUUCGUUUUCGUGAUGGGUCUUCGUUUUCGUAGGGGGGUCUUCGUUUUCGUAAUGGUCUUCAUUUUCGUAGGGGGGGUCUUAGGUCAUCGUUUUCGGAGUCUUCGUUUUCGCAACUACCGAAAAAUGGUACUUUUACGCCAACAGCAUUUACCCAUGUCUUGAACAUGUUAGUGUCCAGUAUUAAAACUCGUUUUCAAAGACAUUUUCCUCCUCAUAAACUGCUGCAUAGAUGAGCAACAACCAGCCGAGAAAAUGCGAGAAAUUUAAAUCACUGUUAGGUCACGUUACCUUCAAUUAUAACCUCUUCGUCGUUUUCAAAUAUUUUCUUAAUGUCCGUGCCUGUUUAGAGAUGCUUUUUUAAUCACCUUGAACGCGCGCUUACUAACGAGUUUGAUUUCUACCUUUACAAUGAGAGUGUGAAGGUUUAAUUGUUUAAAACCUAAAGGCUCUGUUGAAACAAGUACAAGUCCCUUCCAGAGUGCGACGUGCGCGCGUGAACUUUGGUUGAGGAACGACAAGUGCAGAAUAGCUACUCGACUCAACAUAAUCUUUUUAUGUUGUAGGCGAAACAUAUUGAUCACAUGCAGGAGCUGAUUGAUUUACGUGAAUCUCAUUUGGCAAAGUACUUUUAAGAAUCAAGGUUUUGUGAUUUAGUCCUCGAUCAAGUAAUCGGGGUGGUUAUGUAACUUCCAAAUUAUUGACUGUCAUUUUACUUAAAAUUUUCAAAAAGGCUGGCUAAAAGACUUUUUUUUCGUAGCGGUUUUUUGUCUUACGAAAAUGAUUAACUUGUAACCACCAUGUCAAUCACUAUCGUACACAGAAAAACUUCGUACGGGAUUUGAACCCAUGACCUCUGCAAUACCGGUGAAGUGCUCUACCAACUGAGCUAACAAGCCAACUGGUCAUUAUGUUGAAUCCAAACAAAUAGACCUAUUUUGCGCGCUAAAAGACAAUUAGCUACUUAAAUGGAUUUCUGAAAGUAGUUUUCAAUAUUCUUUCUCACUGGAUCAAAGACAAGGUGAAUCUUACCCAUAGUAAUCUUUCUUAAUGUUUGGAAGGCAUCGCUUGAAAGUUUUCCAAGUUGCAUUCCAGAUCUGUCAUAGAACAAGCUCUUUACCGUUUACUUUGAAGAAUUGUCGAUUUACUUUUUCACGUUGAUCGUUUUAUGUGGAUAGCAUAAUGUUGCUGCUUUGGGGAGCUAAGGUUGAAAAGAAAGAAAUUCCCCUUGAAUUGCUUCAUACAUGAAUCCUUUAAGGAAGGAGCUAGUUUGGUGGCUUAAAUUCGAAGACAAUUAAAACGUUGAAGUUUGUCGACUCGCUUGACUUUAAGGUUGCUUAAUAAUAAUUGUAAUAAUAAUAAUAAUAAUAAUAAUAAUAAUGCAACAAUUUCUAAAGCGCCCUAUUCUAGAGCUCUAAGGUGCUUUACAGUAUAAUGUCAAAAGCAGUAACUUAGAAAAUAAAUCAGAAAAAUACUAGAGCAAAACAACAAAUGAAAAUAGCGCUUAAAAAGAUAGGUUUUAAAGGUUACCCUUAAAAGAUGUAAGAUUUAAACUAAAUUUUAUAUGUUCUGGAAGAUCAUUCCAAAGUUUAGGGGUACAGACCGAAAAGCCGCACCCACCAUAAAAUUAUAACCUCGAUCUAGGUGUCACUAACAAGUUCAUGGUUGAUGAUCGUAAAUUCCUAGAUGGCUUGUAAGUUUGCAACAAAUCACUAAUAUAGCCAGGACCUAAAUCAUUUAAAGAUUUAAAGGUCAACAGUAGGAUUUUAAAAGCAAUCCUCUACUCCACAGGAAGCCAGUGUAGUUCUCUCAGUAAAAGAGCAAUACGGUCAUAUUAAAAACCACAUAAGAUUAGACGCACCGCACAGUUCUGAACUAACUGAAGUCUAUAAAUCAAGUAUUUCGGGUCCAUAUGAAAGAGAGUUACAGUUGUCCAAUUUACAUAUUCACGAAGGCAUGCACUAACAUUUUGGUGCUCUCAGCUGACAACAACUUCCUGAUACGAGAAAUAUUACAAAUGUGAAAAAAGGCGGAUUUAAAAAUGGCAGCCACUUAAAGUUUCAUAAUCAAAUUAUUGUCAAAAAUAGCACCUAUGUUGCUGGCAGAGUGAGAGGGAGUUAUAACUGAACCAUCAACGGCUGUGAAAGAGACUGGAAUUGCAGCCAGAGUCCUUCACAUCCAUUCUUCCUGACAUCACAAACGAAGCCCGCGAAACUUGCAUAUACUUUCCUUUCCUUUCCUUCGUAGGUAUCACCUAAUGUUUCUCUGCUUCUUUUCCUCCUCAGCUAAGCUGAAAGUCGAGGUGACUCCAGUAAACAGCUAUGCGAUGGAGUAUUCCUCACUCAAAAUAACCUGCACUGCUUAUGAUGAGGCCAAUGUAGAGGUGCCAGAAAGCAUCCAAUUUAUUGAAUUAGAUGAAUACUCGAAUAGGAAGAUUUUUAACGAUAAGUACAGCAACCUCAACUUUACAACAACACGAGAAGGUAAGAAACCUCGAAAAAUUUGUAAACUAUGCUUAAACUGGGAGAAAUCUCAGUUUAUCAGGACAAUUCAACCAUAGGUUACUAAGAAGAACAGGGUUUUCUACUUCUCAGUUACCCUUGAAUUGGAAAUAUAAAUCAUAGACGUUUGGUAUUAUUUGGUCCUUACAUUUGCUUCAGGAAACUGAACAAGUUUAGUUUUUUAACUGUUCAAACUGCCACAGUUUUAUUAAAAAAAUGAUGCCUACCACAUUCUACCCCCACAUUCAUCUAUAAAUUAUAUAUAUAUAUAACUUAUUUUGAUGUUGAUUGUAAUAAAAGAAGGGCUCAUGAAAAGUUUCAUGUCUCAGCACCUUUUUCUUUAUUUGCAGACAAUGGUCGCAAGCUCAUAGUUACCAUGACAAUCUUCAACGUCACAGAACAGUACGAGUUAGGAAGAUAUAAAAGUUACCUAUGCCUCGCAUACGCAGUGAACAUUAGUAAACUCGCACAUUUUGCCUUCCAUAUUUAUGUAAUUCGAGGUAUGUUCUUUAAUAAACAGCUAGAUAAAGUGAUUUUCAAAUUUAAGUGAAAGAGGUACGUACUUGUAACUGUUUCUAUAACCCCCGGCCAAAAUAGCACCUGAUAAAGAUAUUUGACUACGCAUGCAGGACAUUUACUCAAGCAACAAAUUGAUGCGUCACCGAGGAUAAAUCGCACUUACCUCUCUACCUCGAGCUUUAAGUAAUUUCCUUGCAAGUUAAUUUUUCGUCAGUUACCAUCAGCUGACUUGAUGUCUAUGUUAUCUCCGAUUAUUUUCCGUUUCGAUAGAAAGGACAAGUUAGCGAGGUUCUGCUGUAAAUAAUUCCGUAUGCAUUUAGCGAUCAGUUAUAAUAACUUCACCCACUGUAUGUAGUGGUGACUGGGCUUAGAUAUAAUUAGUUAUAAUAACUUCACCCACUUUAUGAAGUGAUGAGUGGGCUUAGAUAUAAUUAGCUAUAAUAACUUCACCCUCUGUAUAGUGGUGAGUGAGUUUAGAAAUAAUGAGUUAUAAUAACUUCACCCUCUGUAUAGUGGUGAGUGAGCUUAGAAAUAAUGAGCUAUAAUAACUUCACUCUAUGUAGUGGUGAGUGAACUUAGAAAUUAAAGAGAGCUGUUGCUCGUUAUCACGAUAAUCAGAGAAAUUAAUCAUACUCCAUGUAAAGGUUAUAAAUAUGACGCCGGUUGUAUUGGUAUUAGAACAAUUUCCAUCAAGUCAAAAGUGAUCCUAUAUUUUUUUGCUUCACUAUGCUUUGCGAUUGGUCUAUAAAAUUCAUGCCACCCUUGCAGCCAAUCAGAUGCAAAACCUAAAACCACUCACGACUUAGCCACCUGCGUGUUCCCGCGCCGCAAACAGCUCGCUUGUUUAAACAUAAAGCGCUCAUUGGCUCAUUGUGAUAUCGUUCUUCGGCGGCUGAUUGGCCGUUGAGAUUUUCUUUAAACAGUACUCAGGCAGUAAGAGCUCCAUUGUUCGUUUUCUUUCAGAAAGUGACAUACCCAAAGUGACUGUCUCUAAAUUGACAGUGGAUCAUUCCGUUUCCGCGACGAUUUUUUGCAACAUAACAUUUAGGGGAAGCCAAACCACAACACUGAAAAGCUUGUGGUUGUCCAAAGACAGCAAAAACCUGACUGAUACUUUAGUAGAGGACGGUAUUUCAGAAUCCACUUCGAUGGUUCUCGAAGAUAUUAGCAUAAAAGAUGGAGGGAUGUAUUCUUGCAACCUGAAAGUCCUCCUUAAAGGCAAGGUGCCUCACGAAGUGAAAGAAACCACCUCGCUCACAAAUAAGUGCUUCGUUAGCUACUAUGUUACGUACGGAUUUAUUUCAUCAUCAUCCUUCACCGGGCAAUACUUUCAUUUACAUCCUUCUAUUGUGCAGUGGCUUCAUUUGCCUGAAUCCCCAUACCCCCCGAAAAACGGCAACCUAAGUUAAAUUAGCUCCAAGGAAAGAGCUUUUUCAACUUCCUUGUUGUUCUUGUUAUUAUUAUUUUCAUAAUUACUAUUAUUAUUAUUAUUAUUAUUAUUAUUGUUAUUAUCACUAUCAUCAGUGAUAUAAUUGUUAUCCCUAGUUAUUGUAUUUAGUUGUAAUAUCGUUGGUGUCAGUGGCAGUAGUUAGUAUUAUCGGUAUUGCCAGUAGCAUUAUCAUUUUCAUCAGCAUUAUUAUUAUCAUUAUUGUUGUUUUUAUGAUCAUUAUGAUCAUUGUUCCAGUUAAACCGUGGUUUGAAAGUAAAGAUGGAAAAACUGUCGCGAAGAAGUUGGGAGACGACUUAACUUUAGAGUGCGGUGCCAGAGGAUACCCUCUGAAGGUGGAAUGGAAGUUUAAGAGUGAGACAGACGAAACAGUUAAGACUUGUAUAGGUAAGUUUGAAUUGGACAUAAUUCGAAAAAACUUUUAUUGUUUGUCAGUCAGUGGUUUGGUUCCUUCUCUGCAUUCAAUCAGUCGGUGGGCGGGUCAUAUUAUUUGCUCAGCUGUCUAUCAACCAUUCUGUCAGUCACCCUGCCAGACAGUCAUUCAGUUCAGUCAGUCAGUCAGUCAGCCAGUCAGUUAGUAAGUCAGUCAGUCAGUCAGUUAGGUAGUAAGUCAGUCAGUCAGUCGGUUAGUCAGCCAGUCCGCCUUUACGUCACUCUAUCAUUCCCUCUGUCAGCAAGGCAGCAUUUUGUCCGUCAUCCAGUUUGGUUACUUAGUUAGUCAUUUAGUUAUUCGGUCGGUUAGUCAUUCAGUCCGUAAGAUCAUUCAUCAGUCUUAGUUUACUAAGUCCGUCAGGUAGAUCAACUGUUAUGCUGAUGCUCAGCCAGCCAGUCAGUCAACUUGUUAUAUAGCUACCAUCCGUUAUCAAUCAGCCAAAAGACGGUAAGUGUAUCGAUGCUAUUUGCAACCGGUUAAGUGCACUAUUCUCAAAUCUUUAUAAAUGUUUAUAUUUUAGAUUCUUCAAUGGAUGAGCGUUACAAGGUAAGCCAGAAGGGACCUUACGAUCCCUAUUCCUUGACCAUCACAAGCUUGAGCAAAGCUGACCUUGGAGUUUAUUACUGCUGUCUGUCAUCAGGCUGCUCUAAGAACAUUAACGAGGAGCAGUGUCAAAGCUUUGACAUCGAUCAAAAAAGUAAGUAUCUUUAGUGAGAUCAAGGUUUGGGCUAGUGCAUAGGUACAUUUCGAAGAAAAAUGUCUAAAACACCUUCGAAGUACAUAAUUUUCUUGCAAAACAAUCCUUAUUAUUACCUAAAGGAGAUUUUCGUAUCAAUGGAAGAGAAUUGUACAUGCAUAGAGUAAUCUAUCACUGCUCUUAUGAAGAGAACUCAAGAAACAUAUCAUCUCGUUGCCUCGAAUCCAGCUUGAGACGGUGAGCAUCUUUGUAGUUUUGUAAUUGAACCAAUUGCGUCUAAAAAAAACUGGAUUUUAGGCUGCUUCACGAAUAUGUUUGUUCAGUAGGUAAAGAAUCGGUCUGCUAAUAGCUUUCAACGACAAUCCUUAGUUUCCUGUCUGCUCGAGGCUUAACCUUUUAACUCCCAUGAGUGACUAAGACAUAAUUUCUCCUUACAAUAUCAAUACAAUAUCAAGCAGAUAAGUGAUGAGAAUAAAGAAAAGUAUCAAUUUGGGGAUAAUCAGUUAAUCCAAUACUAAAUUCGCUGAACUAACACAAUAAGAAUUGUAUGGUUGACAGUAAAGAGAAUUACAAAUUUGAUCUGGGAGGUAAAGGGUUAACGAGAGCAGAUCGCUGAAAGACCUCUCAAAUAUCAUUGAAAUUACGCUUGUAAAAAUUUUAACAUAACAGAGAAAAUCUGUCAACCGUCAUUGAAUCUCAUUUUAUAUAUUUUAACAUUUUUAAAUUUUCACUCUUUUAUUCCAAAGGAGAACAAACUGCCGGAACAAUGUCUGUGGUUGCCCAUAACGUGUUCCUCAGUGAUAUUUAUUUUUAGAUUUAGCCAUCUAUUGCCUGUUUUCCAAUUCUUUUUUCUUUAUGUGAUUUUUCCCUCGAUAGAAUGCCCCUCUCUGGCUGCUGGCAUAGAGAAUGGUUAUAAACACGGCCGUGGGUCCGUGGAAGGCUCCUUGGUCUGGUUUAGCUGUGCUAAUGGUUAUUCUCUUGAAGGAAACAAAUACCUCUAUUGUGAUGAAAAUGGUCAAUGGAAUGGUACAACACCUUCUUGUCUAAAAGGUAAAUUAAGUAUGUUUUUUUUCAGAUUCAAAUUUGACGACGACAUGCUCAAAAGAUAAACCAUGACUUUUAAGAAUAACUGUUAAGGCAGCCGAUAUCACUUCUCUAUUACUGUUAAAAUUACUUACCUGCACAUGAGUUAAUACGCUUACCGAAGAACAUUAAUAUGUCAGAAAGCUGUACGCUAACACAGCUACACAUUCUUUUUCAAAGAUUGUCCUCAAAUGAACCGCACUCUAGAAAACGGGCACAUUGAUGGUAAUGGAUCCACAUCAGGUGCAGUGUAUAGCUUUCUUUGCGAUGAAGGGUACAGCAUAGAUGGAGAAACCUCGCUGCGCUAUGAAAAGGGACUAUGGAAUGGUAGCAGUGUACUGCUUAGUUACCUUUUGUAACAGCCGACCUGUUAUGCAUUAAUGCUUUGUUAUAAUCGCCACCUAAUCGAGUUGUGUCUCACAAAAAUAUAGCAAUUAGUAGAAGCAGCUGUAGUAACAGAGGAAAUAGUGGCAUUAACAGUUAACAGUUCUUUUGGUAUCGGUAGUGAUGGAUGUUUUGCCGGUUGUGAAAGAGGUAAUGCUCUUGUUAGUACGAGGAUAGUUAGCGAUAUUAAAGUUCUCUGUGUUCGUGGUACAGGUGUGGUGGUGAUAAUUAUUGCUUGACUGCGGUAGCAGCGGUGAUAUUGGCAACCAUGGCGAUUGUGUAGUUUUGAUAGUUUUGAUGCCAAUUGAGAUCAUUUUAAUGCGAGUGGUGGGUGUUGUGUCAUCUUGUUGCGAGUGCGUGAACUAAUAGCAGUGGCGACAAUGGUUCAAGCGUAAAUAAAAAUACCUCUGAAAGUCUUUCAUGUGUACUUCCCCCUCACUGAACAACUUUCAAUCUACCCCAGCUCGUACAGAUAAAGAGGAAAGGGAUACAAACGGCUGGUACCUUUACGUCCUAAUUGGUGCUGCAAUCCUGAUUCUGAUAAUCGCUAUUGGCCUGUUGGUAAUUUGUUGUCUACGGAUGUCAGGUAAAAAAGAUACAGCAACCGCGAAGGGUGAUGGAGAGGCAGAACUGGAAGCUAUUAUUAAACCUUAAGUACCUGUGGAUAAUAAAGACGAAUGUAACACUGCGG